CUGCUGACACUCCUAAUCAUGGCUCUGAUAGGAAAUGACACCUCAGCUCGCCCCGAUUAUGUCCCCCAUUACCUCCUGGCGGGUGACCCUUUCGCCUCCAAGCUGUCCAAGGAGGCCGACAUCGUGGCUGCUUUCUACAUCUGCAUCAUAGGGAUCAUGUCAGCCAUAGGAAAUGGCUAUGUUAUAUACAUGACCAUCAAACGCAAGACAAAGCUAAGGCCGCCUGAGCUCAUGACAGUCAACUUAGCCAUAUUUGACUUUUGCAUAUCAGUCACAGGGAAGCCGUUCUUUGUGGCGUCCAGUUUCUCCCACCGCUGGCUGUUUGGCUGGGAGGGCUGUCGUUUCUAUGGCUGGGCUGGCUUCUUCUUCGGUGUUGGCAGCCUCAUCACCAUGACCGUAGUCAGCCUAGACAGAUACCUCAAGAUCUGCCACCUCAGAUACGGAACGUGGCUAAAGAGGCAACAUGCUUUCCUGAGUAUGGUGUUUGUGUGGCUGUAUGCAGGCUUCUGGGCCACCAUGCCCCUGGUGGGCUGGGGCAGCUAUGCUCCCGAGCCCUUUGGCACUUCCUGCACUCUGGACUGGUGGCUGGCCCAGGCUUCCGUGGCGGGCCAGAGCUUCGUCAUUGCAAUCCUCUUCUUCUGUCUUAUCUUCCCCACCGGCAUCAUCGUUUUCUCCUACGUCAUGAUCAUCUUCAAGGUGAAGUCCUCAGCCAAGGAAAUCUCCCACUUUGACACCAGGAACAAGAACAGCCAUAAUCUGGAGAUGAAACUGACCAAGGUGGCGAUGCUGAUCUGCGCUGGUUUCUUGAUAGCGUGGAUCCCUUAUGCAGUGGUCUCAGUGGUGUCUGCGUUUGGCGAGCCCGACUCAGUGCCUAUCUCGGUCUCUGUGAUCCCCACUCUGCUUGCUAAGUCCUCUGCCAUGUACAACCCCAUCAUCUACCAGGUCAUCGACCUGAAACACUCCUGCGCUAAAUCCUCCUGUUUUCAAGUUCUGAAGAAGCGCACACAUUUAAAAAAGUCAAGGUUUUACACAAUUUCUGGCUCGCUUAAAGUCAGUCCGUCCAGUAAUGAGGCUCACAUUGAAAUGUGAGAGAAAAACAGUGGUAAUCUCCUAUGAUUUGACACCUGUCCAAUCACAACCCUGCUAUCAUCUGCAAAGAUAUUGACCACCGCUCAUCACCCAAACCUACUGUACGCUACCCAGCCUUGCUGUAUCUAUGUUCCUGCUUCAAACAGCUCUCUGUACUCUCCUACCUCACGUCCCUCUGUGUUUACAGCUCAAGGCUGUUGUCAAGAUGUAUUUUUACACUUUGUACAGAUUGUGUAUUGUGACACCUGUGACAUGCAUAUUUAAACUUUAACUUUGAUGUGCUCCUGUAAGAUCUAAAGUGUUGUUAAGAACGAGGUAUGAUAUACAGAUGUUGGAUCUUAAUUUGACCAGUAUUGUUGCAGGAGUAAAAUAAUCCUGCCACAGGAGGAGGACUAUUUGAUUAUUCCCCAAAAAAGUUAUAAUUUCUAACAGGAAAAUAGUUCUGAUAGGCUACAGUAGGCUACAGUUUAGGUGUGAGAUAUAGUGAUAGAAAGAGAAACUGCAGGUUUUCAGGGACAUUAUGCUACUACUAGGACAAAAACAUGUUCUGUGGAGCAAAGUGAUCAAAUUAAGAUACCAUAUCUGUACAGAGUGCUGGAGAGACUGUGGUGUGGAUGUUGGGGUUAAGUGUUAAUCACUGCUUCGGGCAGGUUUGACCGUAGCAGCACUUUUCAUCAACGGUAAAAGUCAUCAUAUGAUUCUUAGUGUCACUGGAUACAUGUUUAGAGACGUCAUUGACAUCACAAAACAAAAUACUAUUUUAGCUCAUGCACAAACUGCACGCUCCACUGUGAGGUAGCCACCAGCGCAUGUUAAUUGGACCAAAUAUCAAGUCACAGCGCAACAAUGUCUGUUAAGAGUAUAGGCUAUGUGGUACAGCACUAUGCUCCUGUCAUCGUUAUCCAUUCUGUAUAAGCAGAUGUUAGCCUUUACGUCUCAUAUACAAGACAUUAAGAACACCUUCCUAAUAUUGAGUUGCACCCUUCCUUUUACCCUCAGAACAGCCUCAAUUUGUCGGGGCAUGGCUUCGACAAGGUGUCAAAAGCGUUCGACAGGAAUGCUGGCCCAUGUUGACUCCAUUGCUUCCCAAAGUUGUGUCAAGUUGGCUGGAUGUCCUUUGGGUGGAGGACCAUUUUUGUUAUGCACCGUAAAAUGUUGAGCGUGAAAAAUCAAGCUGCGAUGCAAUUCUUGACACAAACCUGUGCGCCUGGAACCUACUACCAUACCCUGUUCAAAGGCACUUCAAUAUUUUGUCUUGCACUUUCACCCUCUAAAAUGACACACAUACACAAUCCAUGUCUUAAGGCUUAAAAAUCCUUCUUUAACCUAGAUCCUCACCUUCAUCUACAGGGAUUGAAGUGGGUUUAACAGUUGACAGCUAUAAGGGAUCAUAGCUUCCACCUGGAUUCACCUGGUCAGUCUUUGUCAUGGAAAGAGCAGGUGUUCUGAAUGCUGUGUACACUCAGUUUAUGUUGAUUUGACAAAACACAAUUGAAUACAAAUCCACAUGAUCAGAAAGAAUAAGACAACCAGAAAUGUGUUUUUUGCUUUUAUACCUCUCAAUUACUAAUUUAAUUAAAGUAAUUAACUUAAUUAAAGUAAGUUGAGGUGCUAUUAAGAUCAAAGUCAGUUUUCAAAGUCAGUAACAUGUUUUUUUAAAAAGUAUUUAUACUGUGUGUGCUUGUGUAUGGAGUCCAGGCUUUGAGUUAUAUGCAAGAAAACAAUCUUUAGAAAUGCAUGAACAUUCAGUGCAAAUAAUUAUCCUAUUGGUUAUUACAACUGUCAUAUUGUCUAUUAUUGUAUUUUAAAUCUUUCAUCUUUACUCUAACUGAGGGUGUCCGCAUUCAACACACUGAAAAAAACAAAAGAGGCCCUAGUCUCGCUGACCUCCUUAGAACAAUAGAAAGGCAGAAGGAUCAACACACCUGCACUCAGCCUAAGGUCCUAACAUUGGCAAGAACAAUCAACAAUCUUUAUUUGACAGGAUUUAUUCAAAAUCAUACAACAGGUGGGUCUAAUCCUGAAUGCUGAUUGGAAAACCCCAUUCCAGUUUGCGUCUAUUCCAGGCGAAAUCGCGCCUCAUUAGCUCAUUGUUAUGGAUGUAUCCAAAUAAAUGUCUCUAGAAAACAUAAAAAAAGGCAAAUGCAGCUACUGUUGUUAUUCUAGCUGCACUGUUUGACGUGACUGUAAGUUAGCCAUAGUUGGAUAUCUAGAAAGCAAGGGAUGAGUACGUUGCCAGCCAGUAUGGCAAUGGAACAUUUAGAACAAACGACUGGGUCGCAUCCAUAGAUACAGAACAAAAAGACUGAACGACUGGGUCGCGUCUCUGUCAACUGAACCGAUAGCACGAAUGACCAGAUGGGUUGGGUAGCAACUCUAGAUUUGUGUCGGCACUAUAUCUUGUGGAAGGAUGAAAUAGUAUGAAUAAAUAUAUGUAUCAAAAUAAUGUUUUUAAUGAAAAUAUGUCAAUCAUUAUUUGAAUAUGUUGGUUACCCGUUGUAUAAAAGUGAUAAUGCCCUUGAAGCCAGUGUUUGGAGGAUUUAUUGGCAUGGUUUACCGGCCAUCAACUUACAACACCCGUGCCAAUAUAUUCUCCAAACACCGGCUUCAAGGGCAUUAUCACUUAAACAAUAUCUCCUUUCUCAGUGUCUUACUGGAUCUGUGUUUUUGUUGUUUGUAUGAUUUUCAGUAUGUACUCUUUCAUUGCCUUGCUAAUCAUUUGAUUUGAUUUGUUUAUUAUUUUAUUGUGUAAAGUUGUGAAUGACAGUAUUAGGAGAGCUUAUUGAUAUCAAAUGUUCUGUAAUGUUAUGCAUUUUUUUUCUCCAUUUUUGAGAUUUGCAUCUGUACAAAAUGUAUGUCAACUAAGAGGUUAAUAUUGAUGUCAAAUAGGUAGUAGUCAACUGUAAUGCUUACCUGUCAUCACAUCUUGCUUAUGUACAAAAUUAUGAAUGAGGAAGGAGAUAGCUAAUAUGGUGUCUUUAUUUGAUCUCAGGUAUAGGUUAAGACAAGGUGUAAUCUUUUUCCUUGGUGGGCUGUCUGUAUGUCUCCACAUCACAGUAUUAAUCUCACCACGUUAUCUGCCUCUGUUGGG